GUUGAGCUCGUGCGUGCGUCCGUCUCCAUGCCACGACUCGCUCUUUCGUUCCAUCUUGUGAACGGCGCAUCGGUGAAGCAGCACCGCGACAGUGUUUACAGUAGGCCUUCGGGGCUUACAGGUUUUCAUCUUUGUUUUUGACAGUGUUCAACUGCGAAGGGCUUGCACAGGGGCUAACGCUCUGCCUGCAGACUGAGCGGGAUCUCGCGAGAGCGGUGGCGUGGCUGCUUGGCAGUAGCUUGCAGUAAGACAGAGGGAGAAGGCAGGCAGCAUCAUGGCGGACAGAGACAGUGGAAGUGAGCAGGGAGGAGCAGCCACGGGCCCGGGUGUCGGUUCCAUGCACCCAGUGACAGGAGGGGCGGGCUCGGCUUCCGGGCUGCAGCACGAGACGCAGGAGCUCGCUUCGAAGCGGGUUGACAUCCAGAAUAAGCGCUUCUAUCUAGACGUAAAGCAGAACGCGAAAGGCCGCUUCUUGAAGAUAGCAGAAGUCGGGGCCGGGGGAAACAAGAGCCGCCUCACUCUCUCAAUGUCUGUUGCUGUCGAGUUCCGCGACUACCUGGGAGACUUCAUCGAGCACUAUGCCCAGUUAGGGCCGAGCAAUCCGGACGUGGCGCAGGACGAGCCGCGGCGGGCGCUGAAGAGUGAGUUUCUGGUCCGGGAGAAUCGGAAGUACUACAUGGAUCUGAAGGAGAACCAGAGGGGCCGCUUUCUGAGGAUCAGGCAAACCGUCAACCGGGGGCCCGGCUUGGGAUCCACGCAAGGCCAGACCAUCGCUCUUCCAGCCCAGGGACUUAUCGAGUUUCGCGACGCUCUCGCCAAACUCAUCGACGACUACGGAGUGGAGGACGAGCCGGCGGAGCUGCCCGAGGGAACCUCGUUAACUGUGGACAACAAGCGCUUUUUCUUUGACGUGGGCUCCAAUAAGUACGGGGUGUUCAUGAGGGUAAGCGAGGUCAAGCCCACCUAUCGCAACUCUAUCACAGUGCCCUACAAAGUGUGGUCGAAAUUCGGCAGCACGUUCUGUAAAUACGCAGACGAAAUGAAAAAGAUUCAAGAGAAACAGAGGGAAAAAAGGGCAUGCGAGCUUCAGCAGCAGCAGCAAGAGGAGAUGCACGCCGACGACGGGGACGAGGAUUGAUAGUGGAGGGAAACAUGCAAAAAAAAUAAUAAUCCGAAUAACCUAAAGAGAAAUUAUACGUACUUUGCUGUAAAAAAAGAAAAAAAGAAAAAAGAGAAAGAUACAUAAAAGAUAAGUAACUGUUUAACUCCACGGGAGCACUACCCACAAAAAAUACAAUUCUCCACAGACUGACAGUCCACCCAUCGCUGGAUGUCAUCCACUUACCCACCAUUAAUACCAGUAAGCGGCUGCUAAACCAAGUAAUAACAUUAUAUAUGAACUGUGUUUCUUACUUGACGACAACAGAACUGAGUGUUUCUUUCCCUUAUUAACCGAGAACUUUUUUACACGUUCCAAGAUAUUAUAGAAGUGUUUGCAAUGGAGUUAUUGCCGAGAUUACGAGGAAAUGGUUCCUUAACGCUAUGACUUCAGCACAAAUCAGAUGUUUUAGUUUUAGUUUUUAACCAAAUUUUCGAAUCAACUGAAGAGGUUGUCAUGCCACUACUAGAUUUUCCAAGCAUCACCUGAGGGCUAGCUAUAGGAACCCUGAUGGGGGGGAGGGGGGGGAACAAAAAAAAAAAUCAACCUGUUGAUUGAUAGAGGUACAGAGGUCAGCAGAGUGGUCCUGUGUGCAGGUGUCUGGAGGUGGUAGUCGACCUCUUCGCAAACAUUCUGAGGAGUAUUACCAGUGUAUUUUUUUAAUUGAAGUUGUCUUGCAGAUGAUAUGCCAUGUAUUUGUGUCUCGUUGUCAUUCAGUGUAUAAAACAGGUACUCGAUAAGUAAGAGCAAUGACAACAGAAGAGAAAGAGCUCUCGAAAACAUUUUUGUAAACGAAACUGGACCCCUCGACACAAACAUACAAAGAGUCGUAUGAAAAUGCUCAUGUAGAAAAACAUACAAAGUAUGAUUUUGUGAAUCAGAUAUAUUUCAGUGGAGAAGAAAACAACCCACGUUUUUAGUGGGAAUUUGACAAACAAUCUGUUAAAGGGUUUAAAAUAUAUAGAGAAAUAUAUAUAGAUAUAUAUAUAUAGAUAUAUAUCAGUCUACCAAUGAGAGGAUGAGUGGCGCCAAGGAAUGCUGCAGUUGCAUGUUUACCUGUACACAGCCACAUUGAGGUGGAUUUCUCAAUGUUCGUCCUCAAGGACUCUUUUCUGUAAUGGUUUCAAUGUCUAUGAAGUCAGUAAUGUUUGGUCAGGUAGUUGAUACUCGUUUUUCUUUCAAAGAAUGAGUGUACAUAAGAUAAUAUAUCAACACUUGUUUGAUCAGACAUCAAUGGAACGAAAGCCCUUUUUCCAUGGGGGCCCUUGAGGACCUGUGUUGAGGACCCUGACUUUAAUGAAACUUGUUGGGGAGCAUACUCUUCAGCAUUAAACAACCUGGUGCCUUA